CAUUGUACUGAAUAAACAGCUGGAAGUUGGUUAUAAUAUAGUCACAAGAACACAACAAGAAAAACCACACUGUUCUUAUCGCAUACAAAAAGCAGAUGCAUGCUUUGGAAGCAGAAUGAGAGAAUUGCCCCUUUAAAUGUUUGUCUUGUAAUAGUUUAUCGGAAUAGACUGAUUUCUGAAUGACUUUGCCUAUUACUAACUUAACUGUGAAAAAUAAUCCUUCUGAAGAUGCUUUGCUGCAACUUUAAACGUUAACUUUCCCGUAGGACUUAACGGUACGCUUAACUUUUCUACUGCCUCUCCUGAGACAAUCUCUAAAUUAGUAAAACAUGCACCGAAUAGUGAAACGUAAAUAAUCUGUUUCACAUGGGUCACCGGUAUACGAACCAAGCCUUCGCCCGUUAAUAUACAUCAUCAUCUCGUUCACGCAAGAGAAGCGAGUGGCACAGGGCAGGCAAAUGCAGAUUGAUGGUCAAGUUUUGGAGGACCCGCUUCACCGGUCUCGCUUUCCAGCGAAUCGACUUAUUCACGUUGGUCGGGGACAAGCUUCAGUGGGGCAGAGACGGGGCCUGAUACGGGAGGAAGGCGGAUGAGCCCGUGAUACUGGCAUAGGGCAACGGCGGACGGCGCCAGGCGACGCCGAGGAUCUGCGGGCCUCCGCGCGGGCGAGCCGGGCGGCUUUCGGAGAAGGUCGGCCGCGGCCUCCGUGCCCCCGACACGAAAAGAAGGCGAAACGGCGGUGGACUCGGCGGGUGGGCCCCUCUCGUCGGGGUGGGGGAGAGUGGAGCGCCCUGGGCCUCCGGGGAGGAAACGCAGCCUUUCUGCAGAUAUGAUGGAGGAACUGCACAGCCUGGACCCUCGGCGGCAGGAGCUGCUGGAGGCCCGCUUCACAGGAGUCGGCGUGGCUAAGGGUCCAGGAAACAACGAGUCAUCCAAUCACAGUCUGUGCAGCAUCGGUUCUCUCAGCGACAAAGAGUUGGAGACUCCUGAGAAAAAGCCAAAUGACCAGAGAGCAAGGAAACGGAAAGGAGACUCUUACGAAGGCAGUCAAGGAAAAGGUGGAGUGAGGGGACAUAAAAUCAGUGAUUAUUUUGAGUUUGCGGGUGGUAGCGGACCUGGUACCAGUCCCGGUCGCAGUGUCCCACUGGUGGUCCGCUCUUCCCCACAACACUCCCUCUCUAAUCCCCCAGUGUUGGUUCAGCAGGGCAGCCCCUCCUCCGUCAGCUCCGCCAACACUGAUCACUCCAGCAACUCCCUGAAGCCAGCAGCGCCCCACGCACUCCACAAAGCCACGCAGUCUGACCUAACAGUAGAGAAGCUAAUUGCACUGGAAAACAACAAGAAUUCGGACCUGGAGAAGAAAGAGGGGCGUAUAGAUGACCUCUUGCGGGUAAACUGCGACCUGCGGCGGCAGCUAGACGAGCAGCAGCGCAUGCUGGAGAGGUACAAAGAGCGACUGAACAAGUGCGUGACCAUGAGCAAGAAGCUUCUGAUCGAGAAGUCCAAGCAGGAGAAGAUGGCCUGCAGGGAGAAGAGCAUGCAGGACCGCCUCCGGCUGGGCCACUUCACCACAGUACGGCACGGAGCCUCCUUCACUGAGCAAUGGACCGACGGCUACGCCUUCCAGAACCUGAUCAAACAGCAAGAGAGGAUCAACUCCCAGAGGGAGGACAUUGAAAGGCAGCGGAAGCUCCUGGCCAAGCGGAAGCCUCCUGCGAUGGGGCAGACUCCUCCCCCCAGCCUGGAACAGAACAAGCGCAAGAGCAAAGCCAACGGAGCAGAGAACGAGGCGUUGUCGCUUGCAGAGUAUCAUGAGCAGGAGGAAAUCUUCAAGCUGAGGCUGGGUCACCUCAAGAAGGAAGAAGCAGAGAUCCAAGCAGAGCUGGAGAGGUUAGAGCGAGUAAGAAACCUUCACAUCCGGGAACUGAAGCGGAUACACAACGAGGAUAACUCACAAUUCAAAGACCAUCCCACGCUGAAUGACCGGUACCUGCUCUUGCACUUGUUAGGCCGAGGCGGCUUUAGCGAAGUCUAUAAGGCUUUCGACUUGACAGAGCAGAGAUAUGUGGCUGUUAAAAUACACCAGCUGAACAAGAACUGGCGAGACGAGAAGAAGGAGAACUACCAUAAGCACGCUUGUAGGGAAUAUCGAAUCCACAAGGAGCUGGACCAUCCUAGGAUAGUCAAGCUCUACGACUACUUCUCCCUUGACACAGACUCGUUUUGCACGGUGUUGGAGUUCUGCGAGGGGAACGACCUGGACUUCUACCUGAAGCAGCACAAGCUAAUGUCGGAGAAGGAGGCCCGUUCCAUCAUCAUGCAAGUCGUCAAUGCACUCAAGUACCUCAAUGACAUCCGGCCACCCAUCAUCCACUACGACCUCAAGCCUGGUAACAUCCUUCUAGUGAACGGUACAGCCUGCGGGGAGAUCAAGAUCACCGACUUUGGCCUCUCUAAGAUAAUGGACGACGACAGCUACAACUCUGUGGACGGGAUGGAGCUGACAUCACAAGGAGCAGGGACCUACUGGUACCUCCCCCCAGAGUGCUUUGUGGUUGGGAAGGAGCCACCCAAAAUCUCCAACAAGGUGGACGUCUGGUCGGUGGGGGUCAUCUUUUACCAGAGCCUAUAUGGACGGAAGCCAUUUGGGCACAACCAGUCCCAGCAGGACAUCUUGCAGGAGAAUACCAUACUCAAAGCCACUGAGGUUCAGUUUCCACCCAAACCGGUCGUCUCUCCCGAAGCCAAGGCCUUUAUCCGCCGAUGCCUGGCCUACCGCAAGGAGGACCGCAUCGACGUGCACCAGCUGGCCAGUGACCCCUUCCUGAUGCCUCACAUUCGCAAGUCGGUGGGCAGCACUGGGGCGACUGGGCCUGCCACGCCCUCCACCUCCAGCUCCUUUAACAGCAGCGCUUCAAACUGAGACUUCUGCCCUUCUGUCUGUCACCACCCACCCACCCCCUGCCACUUUGGCUGUUAUGCUCGAUGGGUGGGUGGGCUGCCCAGUGAGGACUCUCCCAGGAUCCUGAUGCCAUGAUCAUAGGAUGUGGCCAUGCAGAGAAGAGGAUGUGGGCCAGGGAUGUGAACAGAGCCCUGAGCUCACAUCUCUCACCCCCCCAAUCUCCACCUCCUCUCGUCACCCCUUCUUCAUCCUCGCCCCUGAAGUGAGACAUUUUAGGGAGGAUUUGAGAGCACACUGCUGGUGAAUAUGAGAAGGGCUUUUACUUUUAUGUUAGGCAUCCUUCAAGACAUGACGUCAGAACCCAAAGUGCUCAGACAGCAUCUGCGUCUAAGACUCCGCCAGCAGGUUCGUCUUAUUGCAAGAGAUUCGGUGGAUCUUUUUUCCUCUCUGUCCACGAUGAGCACAAAUAUCUUCAUAAGAAUUUGUCAUCCUUCAUUAAAUGGUUCAAUACCCAAACACUCAAAGCUUCUGUGUGCCCUUGACCUGUUCCAGUUGUCCCCCAUUUUGGGCUCAUAUGGAUGUCUUUCUUUUUGAUGACCAAAGUUCAAGACUGCCUGUUGGUGGCACUGUUCUGUUGGUGUUUUGGGUUUAUUUUUUUGUAAUAGCGAGAAGUUGGAAACAGAGGUUCCUGUUUCUUAAAGUAACAAUUUCAAGUAAUUUAGUAUUUUAACAGCUAAUUGGACUUUUAACUGGUUUUUCAAUCCAUCUGUAUUCAAAAAUUUUCCUCCCCCAUUUUAUUUUUAAGUCCUUGGGGGAUGCAAUAUCCAAUGUCUACUGUGAGGUGGCGAGAGGGCCUUAGCAGAGAAUUGCAUAUAAAACCAUUAAAUACUAUUGUUUUGAAAA